AUGGCUGUUUUAAAUAAAAAUCGAAGGAAAGUCGAUAACAAAUUCAUGGGACGUAGUUUGAUGCGUAACAAAUUAAGACAUAAAGAAAUAUCUGAUAAUAUUUUAUAUUCCCAAAUUGGAAAUGAUAAUGAGGUUGUAAAAAAGAAUAAGAAAUUAUCUAUUUUAAACAAAGAUUCAUUAGACGAUUUUUUAGAUAACCAAUUAAUCAUUAAUAAUGUAGAAGUAAGUAAAGUAUUUCUUAAAAAAUAUGAAAUAAAAGAGAAAAAGAAUUAUGGAACAAAUAAAUUAAACACCAAAGAUAAUAUUCAGAAUAUUGUUUUGCCCAUACCAGGAAGAGCUCUUUUUUUAAAAAAAGAUGAUAAAAUACAUAUACUUAUGAAAAAGAAAGAAGAAAAGGAAAUGGAAAAAAAACGGAAAAAAAAAAAAAAUUAUAAAAAUAAAAUUAGCUUUUUAAUGAGUGGAAAAAGUCUUAUACCACUUAACGUGCGUGUACCCAAAGGUGAUUCGUCUGAGAAAAACAAAACAAAAAAGAUUAAAAAGAAAAAGUUAGACGGAAUUAAUGGCAAAGGUGGUGAUGAUAAUGAUAUUGAAGAUAAGGAGGUUGAAGAUAAUGAGGUUGAUGAUGAUAAUGAUGUUGAAGAUAAUGAUGUUGAUGAUGAUAAUGAUGUUGAAGAUAAUGAGGUUGAUGAUGAUAAUGAUGAUGAUAAUGAUGUUGAUGUUGAUAAUGAUGUUGAAGAUAAUGAUGAUAUGGAUAAUAUUGAUGAUAUGGAUAACAUUGAUGAUAUGGAUAAUAUUGAUGAUAUGGAUAAUAUUGAUGAUAUGGAUAAUAUUGAUGAUAUGGAUAAUAUUGAUGAUAUGGAUAAUAAUUAUGAUAUAGAUAAUAAUGAUGAUAUUAAUAAUAAUGAUGAUAUUAAUAAUAUUGAUGACAUUAAUAAUAUUAAUGAUAAUAUAAAUGAUUACGAGAAUGAUUAUAAUUAUAAAUAUUUGUAUAUGUAUGAAAGAUUAGGAGAGAAAUAUAAAAGAUUAAACACAAACAAUAGUAGAUUGAAUAAAGAAAGUAUCGAUAAAUAUGAACAUGAAUAUUUUAUUGAAUGGAGGAAAUUAUUAAGUGAAAUUGAAGAAAAAGAAGGAUAUUAUGUAACUCCUUAUGAAAAGAAUAUUGAAUAUUGGAAACAAUUAUGGAGAGUUAUUGAAAAGAGUCAUGUAUUAUUUUAUAUUCUUGAUGUUAGGAAUCCUUUAUUUUUUUAUUGUCCAGGAUUAGAAUAUUAUAUAAAAAAAGUAGAUAAAAGAAAAAAGCUUAUUCUUAUAUUAAAUAAAGCUGAUUUUUUAACAUAUGAAGAAAGGAAAAUAUGGGCUGAAUAUUUUGAAAAAAAAAAAGUACCCUUUGUAUUUUUUUCAGCUUUAAGAGAAUUAUAUCAUCAAAAUAAAAUAACAAUUGAAAAUAUGCCAUGUGAUAAUAUACCCAAAAGGGAAGAUUUUAUGGGAGACAUAUAUGAUAAUAAUAAUAAUAUGAACGGAAAACAAAAUGAUGAUGAUGAUGAUGAUGAUGAAGAUUAUAUAAUACAUAAUAAAACUAAUAUAAAAAAUGUUUUUGAUCUUUAUAAUAAUAUAGAUGAAGAAAAAAAAGAUAUUAUUAAUGUAGGUUUUGGUAAUUUAAGUUAUGAACAGAAAAAAAAUGAUAAUACAGAUAUAUUAAGUGUAAAUGAUUUAAUAAAUUUAAUUAAAAAAAUAAAAAAAGAAAUAAAAGAAUUUUAUCAUGAUAUAGAAAUAGAAACAUUUUCUUCUAUACCAAAAUUUAUGAUAGGAUUUAUAGGUUUUCCAAAUGUAGGAAAAAGUUCUAUUAUAAAUUGUUUAAUUGGUAAAAAAAAAGUAAGUGUAAGUCGUCAACCAGGAAAAACAAAACAUUUCCAAACUAUAACAUUAAAACAUUUUCCAUUUUCUUUAUGUGAUUGUCCAGGAUUAAUAUUUCCAUCUUUAGUUUUUAAUAAAAAUGAUUUAAUUAUUAAUGGGGUUUUUUCAAUUGAUCAUUUUAAAGGAGAUGUAGUAACACUCGUUCAAAUUAUUUGUAAUAUUAUUCCAUUUAAAUUAUGUAAUAAUUAUAAAAUCGAUACUAAUAUUAUUCAUCAAUAUUUAAAUGAAAAAGGUCAUAUCUCAUAUUUCUUAGAUGCAUCCGAAUUUUUAAAAAAAUUUUGUACCUUUAGAAAAUUUGUUUCAGGCGGAAAAGGUGGGCAAUUAAAUUUUAGUCAUGCUACUAGAAUAAUAAUACAUGAUUUUAUAUCUGGAAAAUUGUUGUAUAAUUUUCUACCCGAUUAUUUUAAGAAAACAUCUCACAUAUAUUGUAAAAAUUAUAUCCAUCAAACAGCCAUGGACAAUAUAUUGGAUAAUGAAUUGCUUACGGAAAGUAACGCGAAUGAGGAAAUUUUAACUACCAAGAGGAAAUUUCGAUAUAUGCAGAAAAAAAUGAUGAAAGGGAAAAACGUGAUAAAAUGUGACAAGGUGUGA